UCGAUCUCAUCGCUUCCCACUUCGAUCACCGACUCCGAGGCCAGAUCGGAACUCUCGUCGUGCUUCGAUCGAUAGGUUCAAUUCUUCGCGAAGUUUUUGCUCUUUCGAUCGAUCAUCUGUUGAUCCGAUCGCGUUCGGUUUCGCUUCAGAAGCCCUUCGAUCGCGCUCGAAUCUGAGCCAUGUCUGGACGAGGGAAGGGCGGCAAGGGCUUGGGCAAGGGCGGGGCGAAGCGCCACCGCAAGGUCCUCCGCGACAACAUCCAGGGAAUCACCAAGCCGGCGAUACGGCGUCUCGCGAGGAGGGGCGGCGUGAAGAGGAUCAGCGGCCUCAUCUACGAGGAGACCCGCGGCGUCCUCAAGAUCUUCCUCGAGAACGUCAUCCGCGACGCCGUGACCUACACCGAGCACGCGCGGAGGAAGACCGUCACCGCCAUGGACGUCGUCUACGCCCUCAAGAGGCAGGGAAGGACCCUCUACGGCUUCGGCGGUUAGAUCCUGCUUACUCCAUUAAACUCUUGCCUUCAAUUGGAUCCAAUCGUUUGCAAAGCGAGGAGAUCUAGAUUUGCUCGAAGCUUCGUUUGUACCUAUUGAUCUGCAACAUUUAAUCCUGUUCAUGAAACCAUAGUUCGCGAUUGUUCCCAUCGCAUUCUGUAUCCUGGAUUUGAGUUUUAUUAUCUCUUAUUCAUGUUUCCUUCUGCAAUUCGCUUGAUAUGCGAUGAUUUUGCUGGUCAAUU